AGUAUCUCUCACUUUGAAUGACCCAACCCUGGUAUACUAAAAAGUAUAUAGUAAAUUUGUUUUUAAAAUAUUAUUUACAUAUGUAAAUAUUUAAAAAAAAAAGAAAAGAAAAAAAAAUGGAAAAUCUAAAUGUUUUGGAAGAAACACAAAAAAUAAUUGACAGAGCACCAUUUCGUGAGAUGAAAAUAAAUGACACUAGUGUAUUGGAUAAAGUUGAUGGUCGUGGAACUUGUGACAAAUGUAAUAAGUCAAGAAAAUAUUUUUGUUACACUUGUUACACAUUAAUUGUUGAUAAAAAAAUUAUUCCACAAGUUAAGUUACCGAUAAAAAUAGAUAUUAUAAAACAUUCACGGGAAAUUGAUGGAAAAUCAACGGCAGUUCACGCGACAAUUUUAGCUUCGGAAAAUGUGAAAAUUUACACAUAUCCAGAUUUUCCAUUAUUAUCCGCAGACGAAAAGAUUGUUCUCAUAUUUCCCAGCAAAACGGCAACGAGCGUUGAUUCAUUUUUCGAAUCAUGGACAAAAAACAAUGAGAAUUCAUUGAUAUCAGGACUUCCAAUAACGCGAGCAAUUUUUAUUGAUAGCACUUGGCAACAAACAAAAGCCAUUUAUAAAGAGCAGAAACUAAGAGAUUUGCCGUGCGUGAUAUUAAAAGGACGAAUAUCACAAUUUUGGAGGCAUCAAAAAAAAAGUCCACGAUGGUAUUUAGCAACAAUUGAAGCUAUACAUCAAUUUAUGAUUGAAUUUCAUAUGUGUGCAUUUAAUAAUUAUCAGCAAAAUCAAAUAGUAAUUAAAAAUGAAUUUGGUGAAUUAUCACAAUUAUGUUUACCUUAUAGUGGACAAUAUGAUAAUUUACUUUUUUUUUUUAAACAUAUGUAUGAAAAAAUACACAGUAUUUAUGAUCACGAGAAACUUUACGCUUAUAAACGACCGUUAAUUUAAUUUAAUUUUUUUUUUAUUCACAAGAAUUGCCAACUGUGAUAAAUAAAUAAAUAUCAUAGAUAAAUGUAAGAAAAAAUUUAUAUAAUUUUUUUUUUUAUAAAUUUAUAUUAAAUACGAAUUAUUAGAUUA